AGAAAGAGAGCAAAUCAAGGGGCGCUUCCUUUCUUCUUAAAGGAUCACCAAUGGCCUUGCCUGCUUCGUCUUCCGCUCUAUCUGAGCCCUCGAGGUCGCGCCCCCACGCCUAUAGCAGAAAGCAAAUCCUUAGCCUCCUUUGCUCCAAUUUCUUGAGCCUGUACGAUCGAGAUGGUGUCCGGUCAAUGGUGCUGGACGAUGCGGCUUCGCGAUUAGAUCUUCAUUGGAUUGCAAAUGUUUGAGGGGUUGAGAGGCGAAGGAUUUACGAUAUUGUAAAUGUUUUGGAGAGCAUUGGGGUUCUUGCAAGGAAGGCGAAGAACCGAUAUAACUGGAAAGGGUUUGCAGAAAUCCCUAAGGCUUUAGCUAAGCUCAGGGAAGAGGGUUUGAACGAGAGCAUCAAUACCAUCGACAGCCAUGACCAUGCAAAAAUUUCGGAUGAUGAGGAUGACGAUGAAAUGGAUUCUAAUCCCACCACUGGAAGUCAGAAUGAUAAGUCAAACCCUGGUUCUGUUGUUAAAUCCUUGAAAAAAGAUAAUCGGAGGGAAAAAUCUUUGGCGCUUCUUGCCCAGAAUUUUGUCAACCUCUUUGUUUGCUCUAGUGUCAGUGAAACAUUAUCCUUCUACUUCUCUGCAGAAUUGAUCUCACUCGAUGAUGCUGCGAGCACUUACAUUGUCACAGUAGAUGAUAGGAGCAGUGGAUACUGGUACACGCAGUUCUUGAAGAAGGUUCAUUACCCAGUUCACUUUAGCAGCGGUAGAGGCGAUGGCCCGGUAUUCGGCCUCAGUGGAAGAUCGAGCAACGGUCUUUUGCUUUUUAGAACUCCAGGAGAUAGGAUUUGUGCCAAGAAAAAGAACAUAGCCAGAGCAAAAGUUAGACGGCUAUACGAUAUUGCAAAUGUGUUGUCUUCAAUCAAACUAAUUGAGAAGACCCAUACAAAGGACACCAGGAAGCCUACAUUCAGGUGGUUAGGGCACAGGGGAAAAUCUGACAAUGUUUCUAUUCCAAAUGAUUCGAGGAAGCGAAUGUUUGGAAGUGAUGUCACAAACAUAUGCUUUAAGAGGAACAAAGUUGACUCUUUAUUUGAUGGGAAUUUAAAAAAGGAUUUGAAAAUACAAAAGCAGAUGAAAUAUGAAAGUUUGGUAGAUCAGGUUGAUUAAUAGAAAGAAUUUAGAAAAUGACUCAAAGCAGAGUUCAAAGAGCUACCAAUUUGGUCCUUUUGUUCCCGCCACGGUGGCCAACGUUGGUGUCCCUGAAAGUAACAGUGUAAAGAGGGAUGACUGGGAGGGCCUUGCCUCUACUUAUCGUCCACGGUAUCAAAACAAAGGUAUCAUUUCAUGCGCUUUUUCAGUUCAGUGAAACACAUCUAUUGGGCUCAGCGUCAUCGUGAUCGAUUCCAUUAGAGACCCAUAAGUGAAGUGGGUUAUCAAUGAUCUAGAUUCACCAUAGGAAACCAUGUAAAAAUGCAGUCUACUCAUUCUUACUAAUUUUCUACAGUUUUUGCUCGCAUUGAUGUGUGCUUAUAAGCCUUGAUCAAUAUUGCAUCUUUGUGUUUGGGGUCAGAGUCAGGAGCUGAUUAAAAUUAUGCUAAUCUAUGGUGAGAGGAUGGUGAUAAGAGGAUGGGCAGUAAAAUUUUUCUAUUAUAAUUUAAUAGGUAAUCAUCGUCAGAUUGGCAUAUCACGCUAACAAGCUUCUCUAAGAUGUCCUUUGCCAUUUCAAUGAUUUUGCCCGUAGUGUAGUGUCUUGAGACAAUAUUGUUUCUAUUUGCAGUUGCUGUAAAAUGUACUGAUGCAGAAGUGUUUUAACA